CCCGGCAUUCACUCAACCCUUGCUGGUGUCCCGACAAUUCGUGUGGAUUCCGGACAUCCGUUCUGUAGGGAUUUCCUUUUUCGUUACUCCGAUCUGCCUCGAGGCGUUUACGCGGCUGUCCAUCCGUACCCUGACUUUUACGAUGAUUAGAAGUCGAAAAUUUUCAGCCUUUAAAAGAAUGCCUGGGUGGUCGGCUGCGUUUGAGCGGACGAACGACUCGUGUUUCCCCCGGAUUCCUGAUCAUCGACGUCCGCCACGCCUUUCACUGCACGGCGCACGCCACGCCGUCAGUUAGAUUUACGAGAAUCAAACGCACCCUCACCUCGUGUACCCAUACUUUCCGUGCUAUAUCAUGAGGACCGCACGUCCACUUCCCCUGAAUUGCCAACAUCAGUCCACCCGUCCACCUCAUCAGCCUCGUCGACAUCACUCUAACCGGGAACGUCAGACGUCCCGUCGCAAGCGAUUCCACAUACUCUCUUUCUCAAGAAUAUUCACGAGGCUAGCGAUGCCAUCAAAGUUUAACAUCUUUCGGGCUUGUAUAUACGGCGCAGUUUUUACAUGGACAGUGAUCUGCCUGGCUAUUGCAGCUCACUUCCAAAGUCUACUGGUUAUCACAGAUCUCACUCGUUUCGUUCCUUUCACCAUUUUCGUAUGCAGUGCCAGCAUGCUGAUUCUCAUCAUUCUACUUGGAUGUACCUUGAUUCGGACCACUAAUCCGAUCUCCACGAGAAUCGAGCUCGGAUGCCUUGGAUUGCUUGGGACUUUUUGGCUUGCUUUGGGUGCCUUCUUAGCGAGCUCAGACUCGGAGAAUGCAGAUGUAGAAUGCUUUUCGUCCGAUGCGGAGACUAUUCCCAUUGAUGUUCCUGGGUUCUCCACAGAGACAUACCAAGCUCAGUAUCGGGUUUUGGAGGCAUUCUCACUUUUCAACGUUAUUCUCAUAUUGGCGUUCUUGUUGUUCUUGCUGGCACUCGCAGUGAAACACCAUUUCCGUGUCAACCGCAAUGUGUGGUACAUUGCCGUUACUGAAUACCCGUGGUUUGGAAAGAAUAUGUCCAAGUUACCAACACCCGUUAGUAGCCGGUCACGAUCAAGAGGCAGGACCUACGAUGAGAAGGCUUCAGCGCCCUGGGGGCAAGAAACAAGACGCGGGGACUCACGUUACCCUGGAUGGUCGGCUCAAGGGCAUAACGCCCCAGCACCCGCCCACACGUCGGACAAGUAUAAGAGAAACGCGUCACCCAGGCGGUGACCGCUGUACAUAUUUCGCAUUUGGGUUUUUAUCGGCAUAGAAUGUCGUGAUCCGCGCUUGCUUGGGAAGUCGAAUAGAUACUGUCUGUACCACAUACUUGCUAGAUUUGACAUGGGGCUGUCAAUAUCACAAUUUUCGUUCUUGUGGUCUUGAAUAGCGUCGCCUGAUGCAAGCG